UUUUCAUGUUCUCUGUAUAAGAUCUGACGUAAUUUGACUAAUAUUUCCUAAUAGGUAGGUAGAUAGAAAUUUAAUUCUGAAGAAGUUUAAGUAAAUAUGAAAAGUGAUAAAUUUCGUGGAGCGAUUUCUUUAUUGUUGUUAUGAAUCAACUUGGAAAGCUAGUACAGUUACGUUGAUAUGAACUCCGACCCAUCAAAAGAUAACGUUUAUGUACUUAAAUAGUUAUUAACAUAUAAAAUACUUCUAUUGCGGAUAAUAAUCGUGUUCGAAUAUCUUUGUGUAGAACUUGUACUAUUUUAAUUGUGAAAUUCGUGUAUUCUCUAAGUCAGAUCUUAGAGUGAAAUGGCAAAAUUGUUGAGCGCAGUAAUAGUGGUAUUUAGUGUAGGAAAUCUUUGCUCAACUAUAUACGUGCCUGGUCAAAAUCCAAACAAAAAAGCUUUGACAACUUUAGGUAUAAAAACGUUGGGAUGGCAAGAUCCAGAGAAACACAACAAUUUGCUCAUACACCAUAAUUACAGUAAAGUUUUGAAUCAAAACGAAAAUGAUAAUGAACAUACAACCCACAAUAUAAUUACAUAUAAGCAACUGCCGCGUAUUUUGUCAUGGGCAAUGUUAAAAAAUAUCACUACCACAACAUCAUAUAAUGACGACAGUGGUGAUACAACUGAAGAAUAUCGGCCACAACAAACUAGAAAUCCAGAAUUUCGGACGAAAGGCUUUAGACCAUAUCAUCAAAAAACACAUUUUCCUCCUAAACGCGGAGAUCACAAUGAUGAUAACGAUGACGAAAAUGGUACCACUGAACUUUCACCUUCCGAAGAUUAUUCGGAAACUAUAGAAAAUGAAAGUGAAAGUACUUUCGAUCAAAAAGUGAGUGAUGUAGAAGACACAGAAUUUACAACCACAAUAAGAAGUCCAUCACAACAUCUUUUGCCGCCCAAAUUUACAAACAGGAAGUCAAAACAAUUUCACAGUUUUAUUACAUCAAGCCAUCGACAUACUGAAGUAACUACUGAGUUAACAUAUUCCAAUUUUCCAUCAACUCGCUAUGGAUAUGUACCAAGCAAUAGUAAUAGGUGGAUUCCAAUACAUUCUCAAACAAAACCCAGUUGCUAUAACGGUGAUUGUGGAAGUGAUUCAAAUGAAGAAGUUUUACGACCUCAAUGUGUUCGCAACUGUGGCAUUCCUGAAAAGAUUCAAGUGGUCAUGGAGGCGGAGAACCAAAACCAACAUGUAUCCAACACUUUCGAAAAAGAAUUGAAAAAGGAAGUCAUUCCACCUGGAGAAGAGGAUGAGCUGCAUGUCUCUGGUACUUCAAUAUAUGAAACAACUAUCAAGAAAGCUCCUGUACCCUAUAACAAAUGCCCCAAAAUGGCUUCAGGACAGUUUGUGUAUGCACUGUCUUGUAAUCAAUUUUUGAACUGCUGGAAAGGUCGUGGUUUCGUUCAAAACUGCGCACCCGGUACAAUGUUCAAUCCGAUGACGCUAGAAUGCGAUUUCGCUCACAAAGUGAAAUGUAUAAGUGGCCCGAGAACUACAGAAAUGCUCGAAAAUAAUAGAAAAAGCAAAUCUGAAAAGCUCGAAAUAACUUGCCCCCCAGAUUUUAAUGGUUUCAUUCCACAUCACACCGACUGCUCCAAAUUUAUUAACUGCGUAAAUGGUUCUGAAGAUAUACGAGAUUGUCCUCCAGGAACCCUCUACAGUACAAAGAUUAACAACUGUGACCAUCCACAUAAUGCAAAUUGCGCACAUUGGACAAAGGGUCCGCAUCAUUCUCACAAUGGGCAUCACAGUCACCACAAUUUGAAGCCAUUAGGUUACAGGAGACCCUAUAUUUAUACAACUCAAUUUCGCUUACCACAGACGGUGAUAAAGGCUUACUGUAAUAAAUAUCCGUGCGAAUCUCAAGAUGGUCACCAUAGCACUUCAGUAAGUCAUAAUAAUAAUACGCCUUUUGGCUACAGGGAAAUUCGAACAGAAGGCAAUGAUCAGUUAAGAACGAACCGUUCGAAUCAACUUUCGUCCAAUGAAUGGAUUGGUUAUCCUCCUACUCAUCAGAUACACUCAAAUCCAAAAUGUCCAGAAGGAGCUGUGGGAGUUCAUCCUCACCCCUUCGACUGUUCUAAAUUUCUAAACUGUGCAAAUGGUCAAACAUUUGUUCAGGAUUGUGGUCCCGGUACAUUAUUUAAUCCUGUUAUUAAGGUUUGUGACUAUCCAUACAACGUUCACUGUGUUAGUCAUGAGCAGAAGGCAGGAGAACCUCAGCCAACAGACAAAAGUACUUAUCUAACCAAGCCUGCGUCGUCCCAAAACUGGCAAGAAGUUGUAAAUGCUGAGGACUGGAGAGAUACUUCUUCGACUUCAUUACCUAUACAUAGAGCACACCAAUUUCCACAGCAAAAUUAUUAUUAUACUACAUAUGGAGGAAGAAAUCCGCGUCCUCAAGCAAAUCCUUUAAGAGUUCAUCAACAAUUACCUGAACAACAAAACACCUAUUAUUAUCAUCUUGGGAGUACCCCUCAUAGUUAUGGCAUUAGUCGAGAACUUCAACCUCCUUUUCCGGAACAUAAUGUUGCUUUGAAGCCUGCAUUCCCAAAAUACACCAUUAACCGAGAACUUCAACUACCUACUGUAGAUUCCACAAUUCGCGGGAGUACUGAAGCGGGUUUCACUAUUCAUCGGGAACUUCAACCUCCUAUUGAGGAUUCUAGUACUCAACACAAUUUUCGACCUGUAUCUCCGCAAUAUACCAUUAAGCAGGAGCUUCAACCUCCUUUUGAAGAUUCGAAUACUCAGAGACCACUCCAACCACUAUAUCCUCACUACACCCCUAACCAACAACUUCAACCACCCGUUCACCAUUCCAGUACUGGCCAAAAUAUCCAAUCAGUGUACCGGAGUUACACUAUUGAUAGGGAACUCCAGCCUCCCUUUAGGGAUUUCAGUGCCAAUAGGAAUUCUCAUCCUGUAACACCGGGUUAUACUAUCCAUCAGGAACUUCAGCCUCCUUAUGAAGAUUAUAGCACUCAUCGAAGUUCUCAAACUCCAAAAUCGGUUUAUAGUAUUAAUCAGGAACUUCAGCCACCUUUUCUGGAAUCUACUUCAGAAGGCUCACCAGACGGUUAUGAAUCAAACACUGACAAUAAUUUCCAAGGCCAAAUAGAAGAGGAGGAAGAAGAUAUGGCUUCCAGUCAAAAACAUGAUUGGAGAAUACCUCCGUCAUCUACUGUUAGUUCAAGAAAACAUCUUCGUCCCCUUCCAUUAGAUGGAAGAAGGAGGAAUGGUUCUUGUUCCUUGAAAUCCUUUUGGUGUGCAGAUGAGGAAGAGUGUGUACCUUCCAGUAUGGUUUGUGACGGUUCGAAGGACUGCUCUGAUGGAAGUGACGAAAUUAACUGUGAAAGAUACUUAGAAAAAUAUGCUAUGACUCCAAAUGCCAAGUUAGGUGUUCAUCCUAAGGAAAAAUUUCCCAAUAUAAGUUUACCUAAUUGUGCAAAACUCUGUACUGAAAUGGAGGGCUUUGUAUGCAGAUCAUUUUGUUAUAGGUACGAUUUUCAGAAUUUAGAAAAUCCAGAGGUAUAGUUCGGUAUCUAAAAAUUGA